AUGAGCCUAAUGACAGCCAUUAAGUUACUCCAGGUUGAUGUUAAUGUUCAAGGGGAAACCACAGGAUCUUGGACAGAAAUCAGAAGUAAUAAGAAGGCUGAAUCCAAACAUCCAACGGACAGUUCGAAUGCAAGUAGAUCUUCGGUAAUCACUGUUGACGAUUCGUUCGAUGAUAAACCUAAAGGCCCCUCGGUGAGAGUUAAUACAAACAGGUUUUCCCUUCUUAGCGUGGAAGGAACAGACACCAGUGCCAAUGAG